AUGGAAAUGGACCUUCGAGAUCUUGUUUCGAAGUCAUUCCUACAUGUUAUUGUUAUCUUCCUUUUUCUAAUUGGGAGGAUACGCAUUCCUUACGGCGGGUUGGGGGUUUCUUAUGCUUUGCCCAAAUUCGCCGCUUCAAUCUCCGACAUGGACUUUAUGGCCGUGACCGAUGACAAAACGACUAUCCCAUGGUGGCAUCUAUGGACGAAUGAUUAUCAGGUCACUGUGAAAUCAUUUCUCCGUAAAUCAACCUACCUAAUUGCGUUGAAUCCAUAUUCAAGCGGUAGGGAACAAAUCUUAACCGCUUUGCUUUGGAAACAGUUACCAUGUGAUGGAAGCCACCAUGGGAUGGUCGUAGGGUAA